AUGAAGGAUACAGACGCGCAUCUUGCGUCUCUGGGCCGCCUGGGGCGACGAGCAAGAGAAUGUGCGCUUCGUGCUGGUGCGCAGCGAAGCGUCGUUGAAAACGAGGAGGAGGAGGAGGAGGAGGCGCUGCCCCAGGGCAUGCUGUGUGGGCCCCCGCAGUGCUAUUGCAUCGUGGAGAAGUGGCGCGGCUUUGAGCGCAUCCUGCCCAACAAGACGCGCAUCUUGCGUCUCUGGGCCGCCUGGGGCGACGAGCAAGAGAAUGUGCGCUUCGUGCUGGUGCGCAGCGAAGCGUCGUUGCCCAACGCCGGCCCACGCAGCGCCGAGGCGCGGGUGGUGCUCAGCCGGGAGCGCCCCUGCUUGGCCCGCGGAGCCCCUGUCCGGCUCAACCUGGCCAUGACCCAGGAGAAACAGCGGCGAGUGGUCCGCAAGGCCUUCCGCAAGCUGGCCAAGCUCAAUCGGCGGCGCCAGCUGCAGCCGCCGUCGCCCUGUUCGUCCACGUCGUCGUCCACCGCCUCGUCCUACUCGCCACCGCCGCGCGUCCCCGAAAGCGCGUCCGUGGAGCGCAUGGAGACGCUGGUGCACCUGGUGCUGUCUCAGGACCACACCAUCCGCCAGCAGGUGCAGCGGCUCCGGGAGCUGGACCGCGAGAUCGACUGCUACGAAGCCAAGGUGCACUUGGACCGCAUGCGGCGGCACGGGGUCAACUACGUGCAGGACACGUACUUGGUGGGGGUGGACGUCGAGCUGGACGGGCUCACCCCGGGAGAGGAGCCAGAGAAGGAGGCGGCGGCGGCAGCUGCGCCUUUGGACGGCGAGGCGCAGGCGGCGGCGCUGGAGGAACUGGCCAGGCGCUGCGACGACCUGCUGCAGCUGCAGGAGCAGCGAGCCCAGCAGGAGGAGUUGCUGGAGCGCCUCUCGACUGAGAUCCAGGAGGAGCUGAACCAGAGGUGGAUGGAGCGGCGCAAGGAGGAGCUGGCGGCGCGCGAGGAGCCUCCGGAGCCUGACGGCGGCCCGGACGGCGAGCUGCUGCUGGAGCAGGAGCGGGUCAGGACCCAGCUCAGCACCAGCCUUUACAUCGGUCUGCGGCUCAGCACGGACCUGGAGGCCGUCAAGGCGGACUUGGAUUACAGCCAGCAGCAGUGGGACAGCAAGGAGCGGGAGCUGCAGGGCCUUCUCCAGACUCUGCACGGUUUGGAACCUUCGGUGGGGCGGGAUGGGGCUCCCCCGCGGGAACCCCGGCCUGAAGCCUGUGCCGAGGUGUGGGUGGACCAAGCCCGCGGACUGGCCAAGAACUGCCCUGGCAACGAUGAGGACUCGGACACGGGGCUGAGCUCCAUGCACAGCCAGGACUCGGACUCGGUGCCGGUGUGCGAGUCCCUCGUGUAGGAGGACAAGGAGGGAGACGCGGUGUCUUCCUGUCUCAGCGUGCAUUGGCCAGGCUGCCCAGGCUUAGGGGAGUCAGGAGCUCCUUGGAGGAGGCCGCAUCGCUGCGAUCUGAGAUCUGACCCGGGCGGUCCGGGAGGGCUGGGGAUGCCUGCGGGGCAGCGGGCAGAGGCGCCCUUCUGGCUCUGAGUGAGCGUAGGACAAGGAGACCAGGCUCCUCCAUUCCAAGGUCUUUGGAAUUACUGGAAAACAAACACCCCCCGGGAAAUUGACGUGGUCCAAGCCCAUUUUCAAAAAGGGGGAAAAUGUAUUAUGGAGAUUUCACCACUCUUCUGUAUGGGAAGGACUGAUGGCAGCUAGAAAUGUAGUUGCUGGCAUAAAGUGCUCUUAGGAGAAACACUUGGAUGAAAAGGAAAUUCCUUGAAUGUUAAUUGUGACUGUAAACGUGUUGAAACUAGCCAAAGAGGACGCACUGGUGUUGGUCCCAGCCUUACCGAACAUCUUUGAUAAGACCCAUAGGCACCACAAUCCUGGCUGUUUACAUUUCUGCGGAUUGGGGAACUGCCCAUCCGCUGAAUUAUUUGCCUUUUAUUUUCGUUCAAAGGCUAAACUGUAUCGAAGUCUAACUCUGCGUUUCCGCCUAGUAAAGACAAUGUAUGUUGUUAAAACGGGAGGCUUUUCCCCAAAUUACCUUUUAUUUUGACAGAAGCCAAACAUAACCUGUUUGAGAUCUAAAAUCCUGGCAAACAUAAUCCCUGGUUAAAAUUUAAUCAGAGCGCUUUGGGAUUUGUUCUUUGAGAGGCAGGUGUGUUGUCCUAUAGUUCAUAAUGCUCCUUCAUUGACUCGCUUGCUAUUAUUUCAGAAAAAAAAAUAAAUAAAAGGGGAGUCGCAGAACUCGCUUUCCACACAGAAUUUGCUGUUUUAACGAGCACCAGUUUAAACUAAAACUUGAAAGCAAAGAUCUUUGCAUGGUGCUCAGCUUUUAAAUGGAGCCCUGUAAUUAGAACUAACCAUGACCUCAACUCAUUUUAAUCAAACCCAAGUCUAACUUCAGUAUCUUUGGUCAAAGGUGAGUUACUCAUGCAAACUUAGAGUACUGUCACUGUCAAGGUUUACUUGAUUAGGGCAAAAAAUUUAAAAAAAAAUACGGAAGUCUCAUAGUGCACCUUGGGUGAGCAAGGGGAUUAACCCAGGGCACAGCCAUGGAGAAAAGCAUAUGAAAGUGAGCUGAGGCUUUGAACUGCCCUUGUCUGGCACACACCUGUGCCUGCUAGGGGCUAUGGAGGGGGACACCUUCUCUGAAGCUGGUGGUAGAGCUGGUCAGCCCUCGGGGUGAUCGUUGCAAUAAUUUCAGUGAAGACUUCUCAGUAGUAGCUGCUUGCUGGCCGGUCUCCCUCUGGAGCUCGGUACUUCUGAGGAAUGCAGGAUCUAAUCUGUCCCGAGUAGGUAGCAACAAUGGGGUGUGUGUGCAGUGCCAGAUGGUGCAGGAGGUGCACUCAGCCCGGCGGCCAGAGGCCGGCUCCAGGUUCAGCAGGGCAUGUGAAGGUAACUCCAGAGGCCUUGCUUCCUGGAGACGCAGAUCCUCUGUCUGGGCUGCCACAGGAGCCUGGCUUCCUGACCUCCACUGGUCGCCAUCUGCACUGUCUUCUUUCAAGGGACGGAUGGUCCCACCUCCACCACCACUGCCGUAGUAUUAUGGCAUGUGUGCCUGUUCUUGGAUUUUCAAGUAAAACCAGAAUUAAAAGGCUGUUUUCUAAGUAGAUGUUUUCCAAAGACCUAAUGUGGCGUGAUUUUUUUUAAAUUUUAUUUUUUUUAAGUUCCCUCUGAUUCAGAAACACGCGUGUGUUUAGUCUUGAGCAUGAUGACAAUGAGGAAAGGCCCGAAAGAAACCCACUGUGUUCAGUUUUCAAUCCCAUAAACACAAAGCCAACAAUAGCUUUCAUUUUGAAGCUGAGGUAAAAUCCUCAUUCAUGUGUGACAAAUGCCGCUUGUCUGAAUGGCUUCUGUGGGCACUGGGCUGACCUGGUGGUUUUUGAAUUACUGCCCUCCCCCCAAGGUGGGAGGAGAGGUGGUUCUUGGAUGUUUAUUAACUCAGAAGACAGACGUUGGCAGGAUAGGACUUCCUGGCAGAAAGGAGCUGUUUUCCUUUUCACUGUUAUUAUUUUAGACUUUGAUGAGCUGCUGACGUCAGCAAAUAUGCUCAAAGCCUGUAAAGCAAACAAGCCACAUCACAGCGAGGAGAAGGCCCUUGGGUAUUCUGGGCUCCGCUUCUAGAACCUUCCCUACCCUGACCACCUGAAGCUGUUUGCCUAGUCAACUCCUCAGGCAGCCCAGGAGGCUUCAUUUCUAACAAAGGACAGCCCAGGCUGCCCAUUUUUGCCUUCAUCCAAAUCAAUUAUGUUCCUCAAAGGCACUCUCUGUGUGGGUAGGAGAAAGGAGGAUGGGGGAGGAAAGAAGGAGACAAUAGUUCCUUUUAGGAAGAGCUUUUGCAAGCCCAGGAAAGGUGCAGUGCCAGUGCAGGGACAUGCUUGAUAAAUACUGUUUCAACUUUGGUUCACCUGUCUAGUCAUCACUACCUGAGGACUUCAUCCAGCUUCAGGAUGUCAGAACCCCUGGGAAAAAAAGAGACUCCAGCCUCUCCAAGGUCCCGGGGAGGAAACAGCAAGCUUGAGGACAGGAGGGGAACACAUAGGCUCCUCACCAGCUAGCCCCAUCCUGUUUUUGGAAUUGAAACAAUCUAUUAUAUUUUUAAAAUCUGAAUUAUUCCAUUC